ACAGGGACAGGUAGAGUUUAGUGGGUCCUGGGUAUAAGGACCCUGGCCACCCUCGGGAGAGCCACUGGUUGGCUGGAGAGCUAAGAAAACAGCUCUCUGUUCAUUGUAGGGCCCACGAGGGGCUUCCAGGAUGUCUCAGCUGGUGGAGUGCGUCCCCAACUUCUCUGAGGGCAACAACCAAGAGGUCAUUGAUGCUGUUGCCCAGGCCAUCUCCCAGACUGCAGGCUGUGCCUUACUGGACGUAGAUGCAGGCCCUUCCACCAACCGGACAGUGUACACCUUUGUGGGCACCCCUGAAGAUGUCGUGGAGGGGGCCUUGCAGGCUGCUCGGGUAGCUUUCCAGCUCAUCGACAUGACCAAACACAAAGGUGAACAUCCCCGAAUGGGUGCCCUCGAUGUCUGCCCCUUCAUCCCAGUGAAGAAUGUGACAAUGGAUGAGUGUGUUCUGUGUGCCCACACCUUUGGCCAGCGGCUGUCCCAGGAGCUCAGGGUGCCAGUUUAUUUGUACGGAGAAGCGGCUCAGCAGGAACAGAGGAGAACAUUGCCCGCAAUCCGAGCAGGAGAAUAUGAAGCCCUGUCCGAAAAACUCAAGAAGGCUGAGUGGGCCCCCGAUUUUGGUCCCAGCACCUUUGUGCCCACAUGGGGGGCCACAGUCACAGGAGCCCGGAAGUUCCUCAUCGCGUUCAACAUCAACCUUAUUUGUACCAAAGAGCAGGCCCAUCGGAUUGCCCUGAACAUCCGGGAGCAGGGACGGGGGAAGGACCAGCCUGGGCGACUGAGGAAAGUUCAGGGUAUAGGCUGGUACCUGAAUGAGAAGAACAUUGCACAGGUGUCCACCAACCUUCUGGAUUUUGAAAUCACUGCCCUCCACACGGUGUAUGAGGAGACCUGCAGAGAUGCCCAGGAGCUGAAUCUGCCAGUUGUGGGCUCUCAGCUGGUGGGCCUGGUCCCUCUGAAGGCCCUUCUGAAUGCAGCAGAGUUUUAUUGCCAGAAGGAAAACCUUUUCAUCCUGGAGGAGGAGCACAGAAUUCGACUGGUGGUGAACCGGCUGGGCCUGGACUCCUUGUCUCCCUUUCAUCCAAAGGAGCGCAUUAUUGAGUACAUGGUUCAGGAUGGCGCGAUGAGCAGGAGCUUGGUCUCAAAGUCACUUUCUGCUUUUGUCUGUGAUGUGGGGGCCCGCGCUGCCACUCCUGGGGGUGGCUCCGUGGCCGCAGCAGUGGCCGCCAUGGGGGCAGCUCUGGGCUCUAUGGUAGGGCUGAUGACCUAUGGAAAGCGGCAGUUUGAGCAUCUGGACCCUGUCAUGAGGAGGCUCAUUCCCCCUUUGCAUCAAGCAAUGAAAGAGCUGCUAGUGAUGGUGGACACGGAUGCGGACGCCUUCAGUGGCUACAUGGAAGCGAUGAAGAUGCCCAAAAACACACCUGAAGAAAAGGAGAGGUGCACGGCUGCCAUGCAGGAAGGGCUGAAAAAGGCCAUCGGGGUCCCCUUUGGCCUGGCACAGAAAGUGAAUACGCUGUGGCCAACUUUGAAGGAGAUGGCACUUUAUGGGAAUCUCACAUGCAAAUCGGACCUGCAGGUGGCCGCCAAAGCUUUAGAAACAGGCGUCUUUGGGGCCUAUUUCAAUGUUCUCAUCAAUCUAAGGGACAUAAGUGAUGAACGCUUUCGGAGACAGAUGCAUGAAAAAAUUUCUCACCUCCUGGAGGAAGCUCAGAGCAAUGCUGCCUCUGUGCUGGAGUCCCUGGCAGCCCGAACAGAGUGAAGAGCCUGGCAGAAUCUGGGGGGAGAGCACACCAGCCUGGCCCAUUGCUUCAUCCACCCACCUAUCCACCCAUCCAUCCAUCCACCUGUUGCAGGCUGAGAGGUUGAGAGGUUGUGACCCCUCAAAGACUGGAGUACAG